AUGUAGAGCGAACACACAGAGACGUGCCUUGCAAUGCCAUGUUGGUGCAUGUGUUCCCACAGCUGAGAAGGACACAGGGAGCCCGCCUGCCUUGCUGAUUUAUCUGAUGUGUUCUUGUUUCUGUUUCAGCAUUCAGGAGAAUUCCUUCAACACGACAGCUUUAGCAGAGUGUGACGGGGAUUCAGACUCUGUGCAUGAAGAUCAAGCAGGCACUUCCAGUCCCAGAGAUGAUGAUAACAAAGAAAAUUAUCCGGACAACGGUGCUGUCUUAGAGGAAAGGCAGCUGCCUUUGCAAGGCGCUCAGCAGCACAGACAGCAGGCUGUGAUCGACUGUGCUCUAAAGCCUGAAAUGGGCAACCUAAAGCUGAGGAAACCCAAGCCUAUUGCAAAGCUAGAAAAUGGAAAAAGCCAUGAGGAAAGUCAGGAGCUGGAAUGUGUAUUGCCAGGCCUUCCAGAGUGGCAGGGCAAGGCUGGAUCCUCAGCUAAUGACUGUACACAGAACGUGGCUCUGAGAUGCCAGGAAACAGUCGUGAGACUCCAGCCAAGAACAGAUCAGAACACAAGCACUUCACCAAAGGAAGCAACCGAUCAAUGUAGCAGCUUAAAUGAGAAUUCUUUGUUGAAGCUGCAAGCCCUGGAAACCGAUCUGUGCUCUGCAUUCCUGCCAAGCCAGGAGGAAACUCCCCAGCUGCCGGCACCCAAGGACACAGCCCCUCCAUCAGUGCAGACCGGCGUGCAGGCUGAUGGGGCCGGCGGUGGAGAGCAAUAUCACUUCAUUUCUCCUAUUAUUGAUUUUAAUUUAAUGCAUCAGCAGAGAGAUAGCGAAGAGCCUGUGCCAGCCCACAGAGACUGGCAGAAUGACAUGGAGAGCAGCCCACAGGAACAUCACUCCCUGGGGACCAGCCGACUGCUGUAUCACAUUACAGAUGGAGACAAUCCUCUUUUGUCACCACGCUGCUCUAUCUUUAGCCAGAGCCAGAGAUUUAAUCUAGACACGGAGUCUGCCCCUUCUCCACCAAGUGCUCAGCCUUUCAUGGUGCCAAGAAGUUCUUCCAGAUGUAACUGUGAGGACUGCAAAGAACCACAGACAGUAACACAACUUACCAAGCAUCUGCAGAGCCUCAAGAGAAAAAUAAGGAAGUAUGAAGAAAAGUUUGAGCAAGAAAAAAAAUACCUGCCUUCCCAUGGUGACAAGACUUCCAAUCCUGAAGUUCUGAAAUGGAUGAAUGCUUUGGCCAAAGGUCGCAAGCAGCUCAAAGAGCUGAAACUCAGGAUUUCAGAGGAGCAAAGCUGUACCUCCACAGCACCCCAAAGAAAUGAUCAUUGUGAAAGCACUGGGACCUCUAAAGAGGCUGGCACACAGGAGGCCACGAGCACGGAACCAGCUCCCUCAGUGGAAGAAACCAUGGAUAGCGUUCUGAGGCGGCUAAAGGAGAAAAGACAACACUUUAACCUUCCUGAGGCCAUUAAGGAUAUGACAAAAAAGCAAAUGGCUUUGGAAAAAAUCAAUCUUCAGAAAUGUCUGCUAUAUUUUGAGAGUAUUCAUGGAGAACCUGUCACUAAGCAAGAAAAGAGUCUCAUGAAACCUCUUUACGACAGAUACAGAAUUAUCAAGAAACUUCUUGCAGCUCCAUCUUUGAUUACAACAAUUCAGGAGGAGGAAGACUCAGAUGAAGACCAUUCUCAGAGCAGCCACGAGUUGUCAUCCGGUCCAAUGUCUUGCUUCCCGGUCGAAGAGCACCUGUGUUACUCUCAGGAGGAGAGUGAGCCUGCACAUGUCUCACCUCUGGAUGAAAAGAAAGUUUACAGGCAAACAGCCUUGUCUAUGUCCAAUUUACAUGAGGCAACAAUGCCCGUUCUGCUUGAACAUCUCAGAGAAACAAGAGCUGAUAAGAAAAGGCUUCGCAAAGCUCUGAGAGAGUUUGAGGAGCAAUUCUACAAACAGACAGGAAGGAGUCCUCAAAAAGAAGAUCGGGUGCCAAUGGCUGAGGAAUACUCCGAAUACAAGCACACAAAAGCCAAAAUCAGGCUCCUGGAGGUUCUCAUCAGUAAGCAUGAUAUUUCCAAAACGAUUUGAAGUGAAUGCAAUGCUGUGAUAUUGUUCUCUAGCAAAAAAAAAAAAAACAA